AUGGGCCUGCGCAAACAGCCCCCACCGCGCCUGGAGAACAUUAGCAAGUCAAAUGCUCGAUUGAACGCACGUUCACCCAUAUCACCAAGCUCCGCAUCCCCUCACGGUCCAACUCGUUUGAACCGGUUUCCUUCGGACGAGUCUAUCUACUCUCCCGACCUCAAUACCUCACCCGCCUUUGACCUGAUGCCGCUCGAAGAGGCACAACGGUCACCAGUGGGCUCUCCCACCAGCCGCCCACCUAAUUCAAUGCCAGACAACCAUGAAAAGGUGGAUCAUAGCCACCCCAGUCAGUACAGUCAGCUACAGGAGCCAUCCCGAGAACCUGCGAAUAACAACGCGCUCUGGGUACCGCCUGCGUUGAUGCCAGGUCAACAGCCUGGGGCGGCCGAGAAUCUGUGGCGUCCAAUCUCCAGCAAUAGUGAUGGAUCAACUGGGGAUUUCCCGGUACAGCUACAAUCAAAUAACCCAUUCUUGAAGCCCAGGUCGGUAGAUCGUACCGAGGAUCUAUUGGCUCGCAAUGAGUGGGGCCGUGAUUCACAUGCAACUUCGAACAGUGAGCCCCUGGGCCAAACCGAGGGCUAUAUACCGAUGACUGCCCGGCUAUCUCUUUUAGAUGAACCAGAACAAGAAUCCCCGUGGACCGAGAAUCCUCAUCCCCAUCCUCAUUCUCAGCAACAACUUGUUAUGGGCGACCGCAGCCUGAAUGAUAGCUCGGUUUGGGGAUCUCAACAGUCCAUCAAGAUCUCGGCCCCUCAAGAGAUAUAUCUACAAGGAAUCCAGUCUAAUCCAUACUCUCCGGAGGUUGUUGUGCAGCCAAUUGAGUAUGAUCGUGUUCAUGCACUACAUUCUCAUCCAUCUAAUGUAGGCAUGCUCGGGUCCGAGGCUGGGAUCAACACCCCUUCCGCUGCCCUUUCCAGCGCAACCUCCGCCACCUCCCAUGAACUGAUAGAUUUGAAUGCAUCGGGCAACACCCGCGAUUUGGGGGUCGAAACUGUGUCUCAUGCUGCGUCGUCGAUGUGCUCAGAACCAGUCGCGAACGGAGCUGGGCUUGUGUCAGAUGCAAAAGAUGCGGCGUCCUCUACGGUGCAAGAGUGGACGACAACAGGAAAGCAACAGCAAAAGUCACAGCCGACUCCCGUACCAUCCACAGAAGAGGCCGCGCGACAAAAGGAACAAAGAUCAGAAACGUAUACUAUUCGGUCUGUCCGAUGGACCGAUCGGAGCGGCCAACUGGUCGAAUCUCCGAUUCUGGUUCAAAAUCAAAAUGGACCGUGCCCGUUGCUCGCUCUGAUAAAUGCUCUGGUGCUGCAGGCAGACUCUAAGGCCGAACCGCCAAUUGUCAGAGCUUUGUUGACCCGCGAGCAAAUUUCUUUAGGACUUUUAAUCGAGGCAUUGUUCGAAGAAUUGACAACUUGCCUAGGCCCCAAUGAAGAAUUUCCAGAUAUCGAGGCUCUCACACGAUUCCUUACCAUGCUACAUACUGGCAUGAAUGUUAACCCACGUCUAAUUAUGGACGAUACUGAAGGCUUUGGCACUUUCCUUCAAACCAGUGACCUUCAACUAUACAGCACGUUUCGCAUACCCUUGAUUCAUGCUUGGCUAGCUCCUUGGUCCAGUUCCUCCUACGCGGCAAUGUCGCGAACUGCCCAAUACUACGAGGAUAUCCAGAUGCUCCCAUUUCGCAAGCAAGAAUUUGAAGAUCGAGUCACACGAGGUGAACCUUUAACUCCCGAGGAAGAGAGCACCAUGGAGGACAUCCAAACCAUCCAGCGAUUUGUAGAAAUCGAAAAUGCGACACAGUUGAGUCCCUUCGGUUUGACACAGCUCUCAACUAAACUUGCGCCCGGUUCCGUUUCAAUACUUUUCCGCAACGACCAUUUCUCAACCUUAUACAAACACCCACAAUCCCACCAAUUGUAUACUCUGGUUACCGAUGCCGGCUAUGCAGGCCAUGCCGAAGUUGUCUGGGAAUCUCUAGUUGACGUGACCGGAUUCAACACAGAAUAUUACUCCGGCGAUUUCCGCCCCGUUGGCGCUGGCCCGUCGGCCUCAAGUGGUCUCGCGGGCCCCCGAACAUCCAGCGCGCCAGCCAACUACUCCCAGGCUUCAAAUGGAUCAUCAGAGUCCCCUGAACCAAGUCAAGAGCAGAGUGAUGCAGACUAUGCAUACGCGCUCUCACUCCAAUUUCAAGAAGAAGAGCAACGUGAAAGCGCUAGGAAUGAGCAGACCAGUGAUGCUCGCGCUUCUGCCCCGAGCAAUUCUUCCAGCCGACCAUCACCUUCACCUCGCUUGAGCAAUGUGCCUCAUCGGACUUCAAGCGUUACCAAUGCGCUCGGUUCUCAAAGUGGGCCUCAUCCUCACCACGGCCCCGACCCCGACGACCCGAAUGCCCCGCCACCGCCGUAUGAACAAGCCGCCGGUGGGCCACGCUAUUCGCCCCCUGAUCGAAGGCCAUACGGCGGAGCCCAAGGAAAUCAGUAUCCCGGACACCGAAAUUCACGUUACCAAACCCCAUCAUACUCCCACCGGCCACGCCCUUCUGUAUCCACUGGGGGUGAUCGAAUGAGCAAAGAUCGGAACAAAGACUGCAUCGUGAUGUGA